AUGAGGUACUGCAGAUGGCAAAUCGCACACAACGACGAAAGUGUUCGACGGGACGGUGCUCCAAGCGCGUACUUCCAGCGAGGAGCGGAACCAGGAAGACAGCCGCGACGGCGACUGCUAGAAAUUCCAGGAGAAAUUGAGUUGCUGCGUAAAUUCAGCAGAGGUGGUCGCAUCAAAGAGGACGAAAGGAAAGAUCUCAGAAAAAGCAACGGGCGUGAUUUUCCCCUCCCUCCGCUGAACAUGUGCAGUAGUUUUCGCAAAGGAAUUCAAGGCAGAGGAUCGGUGUUUGUGUUCGACUGCGUAUCUGUGCGCAAAUGGUCAACUGAAAUGUCUGAGAUUUAUCGUUUACGACAGCCGCAUGGCGUAGAAAAACUGACCCCUUCUGCGGAUGAGGACACCAUCGGCGCCAUCAGGCCGGCAGUAGCGCAACCGGGCAUCGGUCGCCUUCGCAACGCCAGCAGCGAUGGCACAAAUGCGCUACUGAACGGCACGGCGAAGGGGCAGAUGUGCCAGUGUGGACCUUCCCCUUCAUGUCAGCAUAUGUAG